AUGCAGAGAAAGUUUAAGGAGAAUGGAUAUGGGGAUGUGGUGCCACAUAUUGUGUAUUGGAAUAUCAGGGCACACAUGUCUGUUCUGGGGAUGCCUAAUACACAACCAGGCUUAGGCUUCACCAUGUUGAGUAGCUUCGUCAACAACAAUUUGGUCAAGUUCUUCCUGGACAAUGGUGGGGAUUUUGGCCCCGAACAUGCCAUGGAAGCUGCCAUUUCUGGCCAAGACUAUCAUAAUCUAGUUAUAGUGGACUGA